UUUCUACGACUAUUUUCUCUACACGCCGUGACAUAGCUACCUACUUCGCGCACAUUCGCCGCGCGCGCAGUCACCUGUCGACCGCCGCUGAUCUCGCGCGUAAACAACCCAGCAUGCCGCGCGCGCGCCUAACCGAUCGAUUCGAAAUUUGAAUUCUCGUUUUAGGCGUUUUUUUGGAAGUGAUUCGUGCCAGUGUUUUAUAGUGGGUUUUGAUGCAUCGUGAAAUACAGUGAUUUGUUUAUGUGAACUUUAGUUAAUAGAUUUGACAAACCCAGUGAUGAAGAUGUGAUAGUAACCACCACCGGACAAAAUAAAAGAUCGACAAAAUGUGCAGCAAAGACCAGAUUAACCAUAUACUCGGGAAGAUCAAUGUGGGCCUGCCGUCUUGGUCGCGCGGGCUGGAGGCCGCAGAAGCAGCCCGCGCGCGCCUCGUGCGCUGGGCGUGCGGCGAGGCGCCCGAGGAGCCCCCCCGCAAGAAGAUGCCUCACGCGCUGCGCAAGCGGUGGCCGCUGUGCCCGUGUCUGCAGAAUGAUGAGCCUCCAGAGAUCACAUACUGCGUGGUGGGCGGCACGGGCGGGCUGGCGCUCCAGGCCGUCACGCCCACCCAUCCCAUGCCGCCGCAGGACGAGCUCGACGCCAAGUUCGCCGAGCUGGUGGAAGAGCUGGACCUGACAGCAGUGAACAAAGCCGCCAUGAUGGAACUACCGGCCGCGAAGAAAUGGCAGAUCUACUGCAGCCGACGGCCGCCGCCGGGCGUGGUCAUGCCAAUGGGAACAGCACCGCAAGUCGAGGAGUACAUCAAGGCGCUCAACGAGAUCGCUGACGCGUUCACCUCAUCAGAAGGCCUAGUCGCACCAGAAUCCUGCGCGCUGCUCGACGGCUUGAAGACAGCUCUCCGCACCCGCGCCCACAGCUUCGUACUGCGCUUCGUGAAGCAAGGCGGACUUGGAGCCCUAUUAGAUGCCCUGCAGCGGGCGCCCCGGGACGAUGCCAUCAACAGGCAUAACCUCAUUGCCGGGAUCAAGGCCCUGAUGAACAACUCGACGGGCCGCGCACACGUACUCGCACACCCAACUAGCAUCGAUCUGAUCGCGCAGUCCCUGGACACCGAAAACGUCAAGACCAAGGUUGCCGCUCUGGAGAUACUCGGUGCCGUCUGCCUCGUGCCCGGUGGCCAUAAAAAGGUGCUAGAAGCAAUGGUCCACUACCAGAAGUACGCAGCGGAGCGCGCGCGUUUCCAGUCCAUCAUCAACGAACUGGACCGAAGUACCGGCGCCUACCGAGACGACCUCGGCCUCAAGACUGCUAUUAUGUCCUUCGUGAACGCUGUUCUUAAUUACGGUGCUGGAGAAGACAGCUUGGAGUUCCGACUGCAUUUGAGAUAUGAGUUCUUGAUGCUGGGAAUACAGCCUGUUAUCGAGAAACUCCGCAAAUACGAAAAUGAAACACUCGACCGGCACAUCGACUUCUUCGAAAUGAUCCGCAAUGAGGACGAGAAGGAACUCGCCAGGCGGUUCGACAAACAACACGUCGAUACGAAGAGCGCUGGGACCAUGUUCGAGCUGCUGAGGAGGAAACUGAGUCAUACUGCGGCUUAUCCACAUCUGCUGUCUAUGCUGGAGCAUAUGCUUCUGUUACCCUUGGAAUACAACCCGCACGCGCAACAUUGGCUCCUCCUCGACCGAGUGGUCCAACAAAUCGUCCUCCAACAACCCAACGCCGGCAGCCGCUCCACCAGUUCUCAAGAGACAGACCAGGACGACCGCAGUGAUAUCAACAAGGUGUACGAUCCGGACGUAGCGCCUCUCGAGAUCAACGUGACCGAGAUCGUCCAUCUCCUGGCCAAGGAAGAAGAGCUGGUCGCAGCCAGAACCAAAGCAGAAAACUUGGAGAAGGAAAAUGUCGAUCUGGCUACGGAGUUGGCCAAAAAGGAGAAGCAAGUGGACCAGCAGAGCCAGGAGCGCGAGGAGUUGGAGAACGUGGUGGCGCGCCUCAAGGAGAGGCUCGAGAGGGAGACGCACGCGCACAUGGAGAGCUCCGAGAGGGCCAGGCAUUCCGCUAUGAGGGCCACGCAACUUGAACAACAGCUGAAUCAAGAGAGAUCGGAACGCGCGAGGUUCGAGAAACUAGUCAGCGAAGGAAGCAUACCUGACGAUGCAAAGGUCAGCAACCUCAAGAGCGCCGUCAUCGAGACCUGCAGCGUCCCUCCUCCACCGCCCCCUCCCUCCCUCUGUCCCCCGCCUCCACCAGCCCCCCUGCCCCCCUCAGCCCCCAUCCCCCCCGCCCCGCUGGCCCCCAUGCCCCCCAUGGCCCCCAAGCCCAAGAAGAACGUGCCCACGCCCGGCAAUCCCCUGAAGAGCUUCAACUGGAGUAAGCUACCGGACACGAAGCUCCACGGAACGAUCUGGCAGGAGCUCGAUGAUACUAAGCUGUAUAAUGCUAUGGAUUUGAAUACGAUCGAUAAGAUGUUCUGCGCUUACCAGAAGAAUGGAGUGCAGAAUGAGGGUUCAGUAGAAGACCUAAGACAACUAGGUUCUAAACCGCGCACGAAGAUCCUGUCAGUCAUCGAUGGUCGCCGCGCACAGAACUGCACAAUCCUGCUGUCCAAACUAAAGAUGUCAGACGAGGAGAUAUGCCGAGCGAUCCUGCGUAUGGACAGCGGUGAGCAGUUACCCAUCGACAUGGUGGAGCAGUUAGCCAAGUUCACGCCGAGCGCGGAGGAAGCAGCGUUACUGGAGGAACAUCAAGACGAGCUCGACAACAUGGCGCGUGCCGACCGCUUCCUCUAUGAGAUCUCCAAGAUCCCUCACUACUCGCAGCGCGUGCGCACGCUGCUGUUCAAGAAGAAGUUCUCGGGGGCCGCGGCCGAGGCGUCCGCGCGCGCCGCCACCGUGCUGCGCGCCGCGAGGGAGAUGGCGCGCUCCCGGCGGCUGCGCGCGCUGCUGGAGGUCGUGCUAGCGCUAGGGAACUACAUGAACCGUGGAGCGCGCGGCAACGCGUCCGGUUUCCGGCUGUCGUCACUCAACAAGCUGGCCGACACCAAGUCCAGCGUCACGCGCAACACCACACUGCUGCAUUACCUCGUGGAGCUGCUGGAAACACAGUUCAAAGAUAUCCUACUGUUGGAGGAGGACCUGCCGCACGUGCGCGCGGCCGCCAAGGUCUGCGUCGAGCAGCUCGACAAGGACGUCGGCGCGCUGCGGACCGGCCUGAGGGAGGUUCAACGUGAGGUGGAAUACCACCUGUCAUUACCGUCGCCGGCGCCGAGCGACGCGUUCCUGCCCGUCAUGCGCGACUUCCACGCGCACGCCGUCUGCUCCUUCACGCAGCUCGAGGACCUGUUCCAGGACAUGAAGAGCCGGCUGGAAGCGUGCGCGCACUCGUUCGGCGAGGAGACCAGCGCCUCCCCCGAGCAGCUGUUCGGGGCCCUGGACCAGUUCCUCACGCAGCUGGUGGAGGCCCGCGCCGAGUGCGACGCGCAGCGACGCCGCCGAGACGAGGAGGAGCGCCGCACCAGGCACGAGCAGGAGCUCAAAAAACGCACCAUGGAGCGCAAACAAGCGUCCAGCCUUCUCAGCUCUGUCGGCAAAUCGCUCGGCAAGUCCAACGGCGACUGCAACGGACACAGCGACUCCUCCCGGGACUCCACACUAAACAACGGGCAGAAAGGCGAGUUCGACGACCUUAUAUCUGCGCUACGGACGGGUGAUGUCUUCGGAGAUGAUGUGGCCAAGUUUAAAAGGUCUAGAAAGACUUCCAAAACGCAGAAAGGACGAGAUUCUCCGCCCAGAGGCGUGUGCAGGGAGGAGUCUAGAGAGAGAACUAAGAACUGAAGGAAAUUAACAGGGGGCCUAAAGAAAACGAUAUAAUUUAACAC